CGCUCCCCCCCCCCCUUUCAGCAAGAACAAAACUCACCCUUUUGGCCAUCCUCCUGCUCAAUUCUCUUUUACUUUUAUACUUUUCCAGUAGCAAAUCAUGUCGGGUUAUUAUUACUCCGGUUGCCUAGAUAACUACGAGGCCCAUUACCUCGAUUCCUGCUCCGUUUGCGGCAAAUCGCUUCGCAAUUCCGAUAUCUUCAUGUACAGAGGGAACACACCGUUUUGCAGCAAAGAAUGCAGGCAAGAGCAGAUGGAGCUCGAUGAAGCGAGGGAAAAGAAGUUGAAAUCAGGUAGAUCUAUAAGGAAAUCGGAUUCCAAGAGCUCCACACCCAACAAAACUGUACGGACGGGAAUUGUUACGGUGUCGUAAUGUUUACUUUGUAGAGUGAGUGAUAUGGUAUAAAAAAACAAUUUUGGGUGGAUCAAGAGAGCAAAAGAUGAUCGUAAAGAAGAAGAAACUUCGAUGGGAUUCUGGGUUUUCGUUUUUUCUGUUAAUUAUCCUUAUCCUUCUUUUUUCUGGGGUUUGAUGGUUGAUAGGCGUGGAUGUUUAUAAGGAGAGUGGAGGAAUUGGGUUGUGCAGUUCUUCGUUAAUGAGAAAUGUUCAAACGAUUUCUAUAAUUUUCGUAUCUUUCUGGGGA